UUUACUUAAAUUUUUGGAAUAGUACCCGAAGAAAUUAGAGGCCAACGAAUGCAGAAAUGACCCAGAUCAUAAACACAAGUUGUCUCCUGGGGCUGUUUGUCGUCUUUCUGGCAUCGGAUAUUUUGUGUAACGAGAAUGGAGACUACAUGAAGCGGGACCAUAGUCUGGUGCGUCCAUUUCAAGGUGUUGGCGUCAUCCUACCCCACUGGGACUUCAUGGGCAACACAAUGGUGACCAGCAACUACAUAAGACUGACGCCGGACUUGCAGUCAAAGAGCGGCGCACUUUGGAACUACAAUCCCAUCAUGUCACGCAACUGGGAGAUACAUGUGGGCUUCAAGGUUCACGGAAAAGGCACUGAACUCUUUGGCGAUGGCUUUGCAGUUUGGUAUACGAAGGAGCGCAUGCAGACGGGCCCUGUCUUUGGCAGUAAGGACUACUUCAACGGACUGGCCAUCAUUUUGGAUACCUACAGCAAUCACAACGGUCCCCACAAUCACCAACAUCCGUACUUGAGUGCAAUGGUGAAUAACGGCAGCUGGAGCUACGACCACGAUCGCGAUGGCACGCACACGCAGCUGUCAGGCUGUGAGGUGAGGUUCCGCAAUGUGGAAUACGAGACACUCAUUAGCAUACGCUACGAGAACGAUAUCUUAUCCGUAUCGACGGAUUUGGAGAAUCGAAACGAGUGGAAGAGCUGCUUCGUGGUGGCGAACGUAGAGCUGCCUACGGGCUACUACUUGGGCUUGUCGGCAACGACAGGCGACUUGUCCGAUAACCACGACAUCCACAGCUUUAAGUUUUACGACGUUGAUAACGACGUUUCGCAUGACGAAAUUAUGCGACGAACCAAUAUCGUACCAAAUGCAAAAAGCUUUGAACCACCCCGUGAGCACAAAGAUGACCCCAAGCCGGGCAUGUCGAAUGCCAAAAUAUUCUUCAUAAUUCUGUUCGUUGUGGUUGUUGCGGCUUUGGUGGCCAUUUUUGCUAUCUCCUACUUCAAGGAUCGCAAUGCGCGUAAGCGUUUCUAUUGAGGGAUGAUGGAUGCCGGCCCGGACGCCUCAAAGCUAGUCGUAUCUAUCAUCAAAGCAUCUUGUUACGAGAGUAUCGUAUCUACGAGACUCAAUUGACAAAACCAAGUUUAUUUAUACCGACUGUAUCACGCAUACUUAUUCCUUAGGUUUUCCCAUUUUAUCCUCCUCCCGUUUUUCCUUUUUCCUUGAGUGGUUAGAAGAGUAUAUUACACGUGUUAAAGAGUGCGUUAAAUUUAAGUGCAAAUUUUUAAUCUGAACUAUAGGAAAAUUGAGACCGUGUUACAGCAUAGACAAAAGAUAAAAAGCCACCAGAAAAA